GGGGAGUUAAUAGUUAAAUUGAAUUGGGAAUGUAAUAUGUGUGUUAAGAUUUGUUUUUGCUAUCCUGCAGUUAUGGUAGCAUUUUUUGUUUUGAAUUUGUUUAUGUUUGGGAUGGCUAUCCUGCAGUUAUGGUAGCCUUUUUUGUUUUGAAUUUGUUUAUGUUUGGGAUGGCUAUCCUGCAGUUAUGGUAGCCUUUUUUGUUUUGAAUUUGUUUAUGUUUGUGUUGGCUAUCCUGCAGUUAUGGUAGCCUUUGUAGUUUGGAGGGGUUUGUAGGAUGUGAAGAUAUUUUGAAGUAUUGUGUUGUUAAUAAUUAGGUUGUGUUGGCUAUCCUGCAGUUAUGGUAGCCUUUGUAGUUUGGAGGGGUUUGUAGUAUGUGAAGAUAUUUUGAAGUAUUGUGUUGUUAAUAAUUAGGUUGUGUUGGCUAUCCUGCAGUUAUGGAUAAGGGUUGGAUGAAACUUAGAAAUAAGUUAUCCCUUGAGUAUAGAUAUGGAGUGACCCAAUUUUUAGAAUUUGCCAAAUUUCACGUUGAUGCUUACGGACGAUUGAGGUGUCCAUGCAAGAGAUGUUUGAAUUUAAAUUGGAGCUCAUUAGAGGGUGUGGAAAGACAUCUGCUGACUAUAGGAAUAUCCCCCUACUACACAGAAUGGGUGUAUCAUGGAGAGUCAUUAAGCUAUAGAGGUACAGAAAACUUUGAGGAAGGAACUAGUAGUAAUCCUUUUAAUGAAGGAACUAGUAGUACACAAUUUAAUGAAGAAGGUGAUAUCUUUGGUAUGCUAAAUGAUUUACAAGCCCCUAUAGAACAUGAAGAGGAAAUAGAGGAAUUUCGUUUGGAAGAUGAAAUGGCGAUGAAUGUUGGGGUAAAUAUAGAUGAAGAUACAACAAAUAAUAUAUUUCAGGACUUAUUGAAUCAAGCACGUAAUGAGUUGUACCCCGGUUGUUCUGAAUUUUCGUCGUUGAAUUUUUUGGUUAAGUUGAUGCAUGUGAAAGUUCUAAAUGGUUGGAGUAACAAGUCAUUCGACAUGUUGUUAGAACUUUUAAGAGCAGCGUUUCCAAUGUGUAAUAGUACUAUUCCUAGUUCAUUUUAUGAAGCAAAACGAAAACUUCGUGACUUGGGCUUGGGAUAUGAGACUAUUCACGCGUGCAAGUAUGAUUGUGUAUUGUAUUGGAAAGAGUUUGCUGAUUUGCAACAUUGUCCUACAUGUGGCGAGGCUAGGUACAAGGUUAAUGAUAAUAGAGGGAAAAAAAUUCCGCAUAAGGUAUUGCGCCACUUUCCUUUAGUACCUAGAUUACAGCGCUUGUUUGUAUCGCAGGAAGGGUCUGCUGACAUGAGAUGGCAUAGGGACAAACGUGUUGAAACAGAUGAUGUCUUGAGACAUCCAGCUGAUGCAGAGGGGUGGAAGCACUUUGAUUCUGAAUUUCCUGAUUUUGCUUCUGAUCCACGAAACGUGCGUUUGGGCUUGGCUUCAGAUGGGUUUAACCCAUUUGGUCAAAUGAGUACCUCGUACAGUAUGUGGCCUGUUGUGUUACUUCCUUACAAUUUGCCACCAUGGAAAUGCAUGAAAGAGACAAAUUUCUUUAUGUCAUUGCUCAUACCCGGUCCUAAAUCUCCUGGUCAGUUCUUUCAGCUAUACGCAGCCUUGUUGUGGACGAUUAAUGACUUCCCGGCGUAUGGUGACCUAUCAGGGUGGAGUACGAAGGGGUAUCAGGCAUGUCCUAUAUGCAUGAGUGAUAGAUCGUCCUUCGGGAUACGAGGUAGAAUAUCUUUCAUGGGACAUAGACGCUAUCUUCCACAGAAUCACGUGUGGCGUAGAAGUAGGCUACACGAUGGAAAGGUAGAGCGUAAGGCUCCUCCUGUGGUGAUGAAUGGGUAUGAAAUAUUAGAACAACUAGAUCAGUUGGAAUUUCCAGUUAUGAGUAAACAUCCUUCAAUACAGGAUAAGAAAAGAAAGAGAGCUCUUAAUUGGACGAAGAAAAGUAUUUUUUUCAAUCUUCCUUAUUGGUCGAGACUUUUGUUACGUCACAAACUUGAUGUAAUGCACAUUGAGAAGAAUGUUUGUGACAAUUUGAUUGGUACGUUAUUGAACAUCGAAGGGAAAACGAAGGAUACCACGAAUGCUAGGUUGGACUUACAAGAUCUGAAGAUAAGAAAGGAUUUACAUCUUGUAGAAGUGGGUAACCGAUUGGUGAAGCCACAUGCGAGCUACACGUUGACUACCAGUGAACGAGUAGAGUUUUGUAAGUUUCUGAAAUCAGUUAAGUUUCCCGAUGGAUUUGUUUCCAAUAUAUCGAGAUGUGUGCAUGAAAGAGAGGGGAAAAUAUCAGGACUAAAAACGCAUGAUUGCCAUGUUUUAUUACAUCGACUGCUACCAAUUGGUAUUCGAGCAUUCUUACCGAAGAACGUAUACACUGCUAUAACCGAAUUAUGUAAUUUUUUCCGUGACUUGUGCGCCCGAACGAUAAGAGUAAGUGAUCUAGACAGAUUGCAAGCAGAUAUCAUAAUCAUACUUUGUAAGUUGGAAAGAAUAUUUCCACCUGCCUUUUUUAGCGUUAUGGUGCACCUUGCCGUUCACUUACCAUAUGAAACGAAGAUUACUGGUCCGGUUUCUUAUAGUUGGAUGUAUCCGAUCGAAAGGAGUCUACGAACGUUAAAGCAGUAUGUUAGAAACAAAGCACGUCCUGAGGGGUCAAUUGCAGAAGGCUAUAUCAUGAAAGAACGACACACAUUGAAGUAG